UCUAACUACUACUACUGGGCUUCUAAUAAACAGGAUUUGACAUAAGUGAAAUAGAGCCAUGGCUGAGGCCCAUCAGGCGGUGGGCUUUGAGUUCACUGUGCGUCCAGAUGGAGUAGACAUCAAACUCAGUCGAGAGGUCAUCAAAAACAUCUACCUGUCUGGGGUCACCGCGUGGAAGAAACGUGCCAUCAAGUUUAAGAAUGGUGUUUUGGCUGGCGUGUACCCGGCUAGUCCCUCCAGCUGGCUCAUAGUUGUGAUCCUCAUGAUGAGUUCUCUGUACACUCACAUUGAUCCUUCACUGGGAAUGAUCAACGCCAUCAAAGAUACUCUCCCAUUCAAGGAUUACAUGAGUGUCCAGACUAGAGCAGUGCUGGGGGCCAUCUUGUUUGCCACAGGUUUAUGGCUCUUCUUGAUCGUUCUUCUGAGAUACACACUCAAAGUGCUGUUGUCCUACCACGGCUGGAUCUUUGAGUCGCACGGAAGAAUGACAACCUCCACCAAAGUCUGGCUCAACCUAGUGAAAAUGUUCUCUGGUCGCCGUCCUCUUCUGUACAGCUUCCAGGCCUCUUUACCCAGACUGCCUGUGCCCAGUGUGGAGGAUACUAUUCGGAGGUAUCUUGAAUCAGUGCGCCCUCUGCUGGACGAUAACCAGUACAACCAGAUGGAGAUAUUAGCCAAUGAAUUCAAAGAUACCCAGGCCACCCAGCUCCAAAGAUUUCUCAUCCUAAAAUCCUGGUGGUCAAAUAACUAUGUAAGUGACUGGUGGGAGGAGUACAUCUACCUCAGAAGCAGGAGCCCUAUAAUGGUCAACAGUAACUUCUAUGUGAUGGACCUCUUGUAUGUAACGCCAACACAUCGACAAGCUGCCAGGGCGGGUAAUGUGGUUCACGCAAUGCUGCAGUACAGACGCAAAUUGGAGCGAGGAGAACAUGCACCGCUGAGGGCCUUGGGGACUGUCCCUAUGUGUUCCACUCAGAUGGAGAGGAUGUUCAAUACCACACGAUUGCCAGGCAUUGAAACAGAUAUUGUGCAGCACCUAAAUGAUAGAAAGCACCUUGUCAUCUACCACAAGGGACGAUUCUUUCAGCUGUGGCUGUACACCGGGGGUCGUCACCUGUUACCCAGUGAGCUGGAGAUGCAGUUUCAGAGGAUUCUCAAUGACACGUCCAAACCCCAGCCCGGAGAGCUUAAACUGGCUGCACUCACAGCAGGAAACAGAGUUCCAUGGGCGCAGGCGAGACACCAGUAUUUCAGUGCUGGAGUGAAUAAACAGUCCCUGGAUGUGGUAGAAUCGGCUGCCUUCUUCCUGGCUCUGGAUGAAGAGCCACAGGGAUACGACCCUUCAAAAGACAGGUCACUGGACAGCUACGCCAAGUCCCUGCUCCAUGGGAAAUGUUAUGACCGGUGGUUUGACAAAUCCUUCAACUUAAUCUCAUAUCCAAAUGGAAAAAUGGGCAUAAAUACUGAGCAUUCCUGGGCUGAUGCACCUAUCAUCGGACACAUGUGGGAGUAUGUUCUUGCAACAGACUGCUUCCAUCUUGGAUACACUGAAGAGGGGCACUGCAAAGGGGACGUGAACAAGGGCCUUCCUUUCCCCACUCGCUUAAAGUGGGACCUUCCAACAGAGUGCCAAAAGGUCAUCGAGUCAUCCUGCCUGUUAGCCAAGCAGAUAGCCAAUGAUGUGGACUUCUAUGGAUAUCUGUUUAAUGAUUUUGGGAAAGGCCUGAUCAAGAAGUGCAGGACGAGCCCGGAUGCCUUCAUUCAGAUGGCCCUACAGCUCGCACAGUUCAGAGACCAGAAGGUGUUUUGCCUCACAUAUGAAUCCUCAAUGACACGCAUGUUCAGAGAUGGUCGCACAGAGACAGUUCGCUCCUGCACUUCUGAGGCAGUGGCUUUUGUCAGAGCCAUGGAGGACUCUAGUGCAAAAAAAGCCCAGAAGCUCUCCCUGUUUAAGAAGGCUGCAGAGAAACAUCAGAACAUGUACCGCUUGGCCAUGACUGGAGCAGGCAUCGACCGACACCUCUUCUGUCUUUACAUCAUGUCCAAGUACUACAGGGUCAACUCACCUUUUCUCAAGCAGGUCCUGUCUGAACCUUGGAAGUUGUCCACCAGUCAAACUCCUCAGCAGCAGCUUAACUUGGUGGAUAUCAAUAAGUUCCCCAAAUAUGUGGGCGCUGGGGGUGGAUUUGGACCCGUGGCUGACGAUGGCUAUGGCGUUUCUUACAUCAUUGUUGGGGAAAACCUAAUCACAUUCCACAUCUCCUGCAAGCACUCCUGCCCUGAUACAGAUUCGUACAGGUUUGGCCAUCAUAUUCAGAGGGCAAUGCUCGAUAUCCAGGCACUUUUCUCAACUGAAAAUGGAACUGCAGUAGUUCAGAAUGGCAAAAAGCAUAUGUGACAAUAAGGGUAGAUUUUGAACAUUCAUUUCAAAAUGUGCUAUGUGGGUAGAUUUUGAACAUUCAUUUCAAAAUGUGCUAUGUAUUUUCUGUAAACAGGUUAUGGGGGCAAGCUCCACUCCACUCCAAAUUUUUUGUCAGUAACUGGCCAUUCCAUGUCAUUAAGGGAAUUGUUACUCAUAUUUAUAAGUUGCAGUGCAAAAUUCUAAACGGAAAUUAUAUUUCCUAGUGGUUUUUAGCUUUAUAAAUGUGUGUAAAAUCUGUAAAUAUGUCCAUUGUACCUUACAGCGCAUUAUAAGAAUAUUUUGUAUAUAUGAAAGAACACACUCUUUUGGGGUAUUUAUUAGUUGAGCUGGGGACAAUACAAAAAGUCAAAGUAAUAAAAAACAACUGAUCUUU